CUUCAUGUUGCUAAACCACAUCCCAAGCACAAUCAAGAAGGAACCAUGACGCAAGUCACCAGGCAGCUGUGCCUCCACCAAUGGUGUGAAGAGGUAGGAUGGGCCAAGUUUCAAGGGAGAAAUAGGCUACAAAACUUGCACGAAGUCAUGCAACCUGACAAUUGAAUCCAUGCAAGUGAACGACGUGAACGCACAUAAGCACAAUUCCGUCGAUAUCCUUAAGCAUGGAUGAUGAGCCAUUGACAUGGUGGUCUUCGUCUUCCAGGGUGGGACGUCACCGUGAUUUGAACGUUGAAGAGGUGUACCGUGAAAGUCACCGACUUGCUGUAGAGCACUUGGUAGCAGGCGGAGUUGACGCAUACAUGGGAUUCUUGAAGAAAGAGCGAGUACAAAACUUUCUUUCAGAUGACGAGAUCAAAUUUAUCUUGAAGUCCGCCGUUGUUCCCGAAAGUACACCACAGCCAGGGGAUGCCAGAAAUUGUGUGGUGCCCGAUGCCACCUCUCUUGUCUAUUUCCCUGACGUGUCGGAUAUUGUAGCCCCGUCUCUAGAUAUCGGAUGGUCCGCUAUCGCACCUGGCUCGUCCCGAGGUGUUACCACAGCCACUGCACACUUUCAACCGAACUAUUUUGUACCCAAUAUACCUGUUGAGUGCAUUUACAGCUGCAAAGAGGCGGCGAGAAAGAUGAUAAAAGGCGCAAAAGAGGUAAUCGCCAUAGUGACAGACGCCUUGACAGAUGUGGACAUCUUCCGGGACCUGCAGGAGGCUUGUAUGCGACGCAGGGUUCCUGUGUACAUCCUACUGGACAUUGAAGCUGUACCUUCCUUCCUGCAGAUGUGUAGCAAUCUCAAUGUGCGCUUGUCGGAACUCCAGAAAAUGCGUGUGCGGGCUGUCGCAGGCUUCAGGUAUUUCACACGCUCUGGAGCACGCAUCACUGGAAGGAUUCAUGAGCAGUUCAUGUUGAUAGAUGGGACCAAGGCUGCCAUGGGAACUUAUAGGUUUAGAUGGACAGAUGGCAGAAUCAACACCUGCAACCUGAUUGAGCUGACAGGUGACGUGGUUGAGCAAUAUGAAGUAGAGUUCCAACGACUCUACAAGAAAUCCCUCGUCGUGAACCCCAAGGCAGUGCUCUCUCCCCCAGUCCUCCAGGCAUCCACUCCCAGCCCAGUCUGUGUAAAGGUCGCACCAAGCCGGGCCCAGGCCCUGGGGGUCGUCCUGAGCUCUCUCACCCCAGCAGCGAAUGUUACCCCACCAGGCACUAAUCCCCCAGUGUCCCGGCCCACCUCCUGCAGCACUUCCACCCAGACCUUAAGCCAGAGUGUGACCCAAGGCACGCAGACUGACCACAUCUCGUCCCAUCGGCCAUGCGUCCUCCUCUCUUCCUCCUCAUUGGAGGACUCAUCUGGCUCCGAGUCUGCGUGCUCCACACACACAGAAGUCAGCCAACUGCUGCUAGCGAAAACCUCGCUGUUAGUUCAGCCGUGCCCCACUCCGACACCUUCCAUCCUCAAGUUAUCAGGUCCUGACCUGUCUAAAGAUCCACUGCAUAGUCAGCACAAUGCUCACCCCCCCUCAAACUUCAGCCAGAUGAGCCAGUAUAACAGGAUAAACCACUUGGACUGCUCUAGUCCUUCUCUAAGGUCUGGGGUGGACAGGGGCUGUAAGAUUCAGCAAUACAUGAGGCCAGGCCGUGGGUUAACAAUGGGGAGCAUGUUAAUGGAUACAACAAUGAGGUCUAGGUUUCUGCAGUAAAGAUAUAAUAAACAUAGAUAUGAAAUGAUACGGAACUACAUGGAAAUGUAGCUGCAACGCUUAGGGAAAAAAAGUACAAGGGUACAACUUAAUGCUGACUGCACUGAGGAAAGCCUAGGUCAGCUAAUCUUACUGAAGAUUUCUCUGAACAAUUUCCCUUAAAAGAUGGAGUGGAUAGAGAAGACCAGUCCAUACACAUAAUGUAGUGUUUUCCUAUGUAAAACAGUCGUGAAUUUGAACAGGUUAGUUAGAAAUGGUAGCCUGGGUGCCAUUCCGAACUUAGUCCCGCCCCAUAUUCUGAAUAGAAUUUGAGUAUGACAACGUCAGGCUAUAGAAAUGGUUCCUUGAUGUGAAAAGACAUAUGGACGGUAAUAGGGUUUCAGACUGGUUUUUAUUCUUUUUCUUCAGAGCUUACUUAUAGGAGGUUUGCUGGGAACGUUUUAUCAUGCAGAAAACUACUGCCAGCGAGGUAUCAGAAAAGGCUAUGCCAGAGGCUCUAAGCUACUGUGGUGAAGACUUCUGGUGACUUAAAGGAGAGGUUUCCUUGGAAGUUUUUAUGAUGCAUAAAACUACUGCCAGUGUUGUAUCAGAAGAGGCUAUGCCAGAGGCUCCAAGCUAUUGAGGUGAAGACUUCUGGUGAGAUGGUGGCAAACAAAGAAAUCUGUUGUACACUAUAAUUUGUGUACUGUCGCAGUCGUAUAGUGCCAAGAGUCUGAAGCAUGUCCCAACUUCCUGCCUCUUCUGUUUUGUCAGAUUGUGUAUGCAAAUAAGUACUUGAUUCAAACACUCACGCCUAAACUAAGCCAUCACAAAAUAUGAUAAAUACUCAUGUGUACAAAUGUGUUUUAGGUUUAAAAAAGAUAUGGUUUGGCCCCAGCUGUGGCGCGGCUGGCUGGGGCACCUGCGCUGUGCGCUGGCGACCCGGGUUCGAUUCCCGGUCCUUUCCGGAUCCCACCCCUGGUCUCUCUCCCAUUCGCUUCCUGUCACUCUCCACUGUCCUAUCAUUAAAGGCAUAAAAAAAAGCCCAAAAAAUAUUUUUUUAAAAUUAAAAAAAAAGAUAUGUUUUAAAAUACUUUCUUUCACAUGAUUUGCCUUGUUUACAGGGUGUGGGUUAUUUCUGUUACACGAGCGAAACUAACAGCAAUGAGGAAAUGAAAGUAUUUGGAUAUAAACAUUGUACAAACAGCACUAGUCAAAAGGGCUAUGUUGUUUACCUAUUUUAUUUUAUUCUAUUUUAAUAUUUUAAAUACAUCCCUCUAUAUAGGUAAUAGGUUUUGUGGCUGGACCAUAAUAUUUGUUUGUGUGUGAUUUCAGAGGGAAAACAAACAUUAAUUAAUUAUUUUAGACACACAGUAUAUCUUCAUGAAUGCAUUCUGGAAGUACAGAACACUGGCUUAUAUGAUGCAAUGCACAGUGUUUUCAUCUGGCAUGUAGCAAGUCAUGACCCAAUUCCAUAAUGAUUAAUAGGCUAAUCUUUUGUGUUCAGUCAGCCAAUGGCAAAGUAUUCUAUGAGAAAGAUACAGAGGUGUUUUACCCCGAGUAGGUCCUAUUGUUUGUAAAAUGGUAUCUGUUAUUCAGGGGAUCACUGUGGAUGUUGGUGUAUAUUUUCAAUAUUUUUUUUACUUUGCACUGUACGAAUAAUAUGACAGUGUUUGGGACAGAGUUAACAUGUGCAUAAUCACAUACAAAUUGUGAGUAUUGUGUAUAAUGUAUUGUACUGUAUUGACACACCGAUGGUGUGAUGAUGUUUAAAGUAUGUGUUGCCUGUUUAAGAUCAUGAUAAUGAUCUUGUCUUAUAUAUUGUUUGUAUGUGUCUUAAGAAUGAUGUGACAAUGAUAAUAAUAAAAGAAUGAGAUCAAAUAAAAAUCUUUGAAUUUA